AUGCUUACAACAAGAACAAAAGAACCAAUCAGUGGUUCAACAGAUCCUCCUACCAGUAUUGCCACACCAAUCCUAACACCUGUUGGAAGUAAAGACAAUCAUCAUUCAGUAGUACCCCCACUAGCAGAGAAGUCCUCCCCUACACCGUCAUACCUUACCCCUGCUGCAGUGUCAUCCAGUAGAAGUGUAGUAACCCCUACACCCCGCACAUCACCACUUCAAUUAACCACCAAACCCUUGCCAAGUGAAUUGACAGACACCAGCCCUACAGUCAGACCCAGUUUCUUCUCAGGAAUCUUUGAUUCACCUGAACCAGUCAACCCACCAGUCCCAGUAGAGGAACAACACCCAGUUCCUGUCCCAACAGAACCCAAGCCAGAACUGCCCAGAUCCCCAGUCAAUCCCAACCCAGAAGAAGAUCCUGCUGACAGGAACCCGAACAACCCAGAAGACAGUGACCCAGAACCCAGUGAUCAAGAAGAAGAAGGAGACAUGUCUGACAACAACAGUGGAGCGGUAAACAAGCCCAAUCAAUUUGAAGGAGACAAGGGAAAGAGCAAGGAAUUUCUGGACAAAUUAUACCUAUACUUUGCUGGGAAUUCCAAGAAGAUCCAGACUGACAAAGAUAAGGUUCAAUGCAGUCUUUCAUAUAUCGAGAGACCUGCCCAAUUCUUUGUUCACACCAUCAUCACUGAUGUGGAAGAACCCAUAUCUGACUCCAAAGAUGCACCUCUCAAAGGAUUACCUAGCUGGGCUCAAUUUAAGAAGUCUUUCAUCCAAACCUUCAGAGUAGAAGAUGAUACUCAGGCAGCAUUAAAUGAGAUCAGCAAAUGUACCUGGGCUAGCAGAUUAAACGAGUUAGGGCAAAUUCAAGAACUCCAGCAUCUUAUUCCUCCUGCUCUCCUGAUCAAGAUUGCCGCCCAACUGCUGCUACCAGUUACCACAGUAGGAUACCUCAACAGUGUUCAAUCCAUCUGCCAAUCUAUGAUUGACAUCUUUGGUGAUAAACCCUUAUUCAUGCCAUCCACCAAUCACUCUUUUGGUCGCAACAAGGCGAUUGAAUCAUACAACACAUCCACUCAGGAGAAGGAUGAGACCAAGGAUUCCUCCAACAAAGAAGGGAUAGCCGAAGAAUACAUUCAGGCUAUUCCCUCCAAGAAGGAUUUUUGA